AUGCUCACAUCUUGUUCAAUAACGAGAACGGUGUUAUGCAAACGACCCCGGGAUUUCAACCCUUUUAGGCCACUGUUAAAUCUACAGGCGAGGAGACUCGGUACUGCUCUGGUCGAUAAACAUGAAGAUGAUAGGCACCGUCUCAGUCAUUCGCAACUCAAGCAACUAUUUUCUGGUUACUAUCCUGACGACUUUCCAGAAGAGGUGAUACGACUCAAAGGUCCAUUUUCAACUUACUCCACGCUGGAGAAAGCAUUUAAUACUUCAAACUAUAUGAGAAAAAAAGCGAUUGUUACCUUUGAUUUUUCAAUCUCUACCACUGUAGUAAAGUAUCGUGCAUCACCCCUACACGACGCCAUAAUAGCAUCCACCUUUGAAGAAAUAUCACUCCAUACCGGGUCCCAGGGAAAGCGGGGCAUCUUCCAGUACUCUCUAUAUCAAGAUAGAGUGUUCCGGACAGGAGAUGAAAAUGAAAUAUCAAUCCUCGCACCAGAUCUUCUGGUCUCAUAUAGGAGCAAACGCAACUCCGGAAACAACCAGCCUGUUUUGGUACUGGAGGUUGGAUUCACGGAAUCGUAUGAGUCACUCGCCUCCUCUCUCUCAAAUUGGCUAAAUCGUAUACCAGAGCUAAAGAUGGCAAUUUUGGUUAAAGUCAACGAAGUGCCUACCUAUAAAAAUCCUCUUGCAACGCAAGGCAUGCUUAAUAUGCCAGAAUUAAAGCCCUUACGUGGAGGUCUGAGAAACAGAGAUGUAUCUCUAGAAGACCCUACCAAUCCGUAUAGUCCUUUAAUGAUUUGCGGCAUCCGCUGGGUUGCACCAACCACAGCAUUUGUGGAAGCCUGGACAAAAGACAAGGAGACUGGAAAACCUGCUCUUCAGGGCAAGCGAAUUUUUUAUGGGCCAGGGCACUCUGACACGCCACUAACGCUGAAUUUAGCUGAUUUUGUUCCUGAGUACGAGAAAUUCGCAAGGCCUACUUUGGGGUUCAAUUGGAAUACCUUUAGAGAUGCACUAUCGCAGGCAAGAAAAUGGGUUCGAUAUUCCCUACAGGGCUACCCACACCUUAAUCAGGCGGCAUGA